AUGGCCAAGGACGCUACCAUUGCCGUGGCGCGCGGCGUCUCUACCUCGUCGGCAGAGCAUUCAACCGCCAGCACCACCGUUCCCCUCCGUGCCGUGCCGCCACAGCCCUCGAUGCGCCUGCGGAUGGUAAAUGAGCAUGUGCGUCCGCGCCUGCGCAAGAUCAAGAGGGUAUUUUUCAACUACAUGAAAUUUGUUGGACCCGGAUUCAUGAUCUCCGUCGCUUACAUCGACCCCGGCAACUACGCGACCGAUAUUGCCGCCGGCGCCUCGUACCAGUACCGGCUGCUCUUCAUCGUGCUGCUCAGCAACCUCUUUGCCAUUCUGCUGCAGACGCUCGCCAUCCAGCUCGGCACAGUGACGGGGCUCGACCUGGCGUCGGCCUGCCGCGCACACUGCCCGCGCUGGCUCAACUACCUGCUCUACGCCCUCGCCGAAAUUGCCAUUAUCGCGACGGACCUCGCCGAGGUCAUUGGCACCGCCAUCGCCCUCAACCUGCUCAUCCCCAAGCUGCCGCUCGUCGCCGGCGUCGCCAUCUCCAUUGUCGACGUCAUGUUCAUCCUAAUCUUCUACCGCCCCGACGGCGCCAUGAAGGGCCUGCGCCUGUUUGAGUUUGGCGUCUGCCUGCUCGUGCUCGGCGUCGUCGUCUGUUUCUGCAUCCAGCUCUCCAUGAUCAAGGAGUCGAGCGUCGGCGACGUCUUUCGCGGGUUCGUCCCGUCCAAGCAGCUGGUCGAGCCGCAGGCGCUGUACCAGGCGUGCGGCAUUCUCGGCGCCACCGUCAUGCCGCACAGCCUCUUCCUCGGCUCCGGCAUCGUCCAGCCGCGACUCAAGGAGUACGACACCCAAGAGGGCCUGAUCCCCGAGGAGCCGGCGUCCUCGGGCGCGUCGACCAGCGAGGACGGCUACGACAAGGUCCUCUACGUGCCCUCGCAGGCGGCCAUCAAGCACUGCCUCAAGUACUCCAUCAUUGAGCUCAGCACGUCGCUCUUCACCUUUGCGCUCUUUGUCAACUCGGCCAUUCUCAUUGUCGCGGGCGCGUCGCUGUACAAGAACCCCGAGGCGCUCGAGGCCGACAUUUUUGGCAUCCACAAGCUGCUCUCGCAGAGCAUCUCGCCCGCCGUCGGCACCAUCUUUGCGCUGGCGCUCCUGCUGUCGGGCGUGUCGGCGGGCAUCGUGUGCACCAUUGCCGGGCAGAUGGUGUCCGAGGGCGCGCUGCGGUGGAAGGUCAAGCCGUGGGUGCGUCGCCUGAUUACGCGCGCCAUCAGCGUCACACCGUCGCUCGUCAUUGCCGGCGCCAUCGGCCGCCAGGGCCUCAACACGGCGCUCACGGCCUCGCAGGUCAUCCUGAGCACCGUCCUGCCCUUUACCACGCUCCCUCUAAUUUACUUUACGAGCCGCAGCCGCUACAUGACGGUGCGGCCCGGCAUGGCGCGCUACGAGGUCGAGGACGAGGGUGAAUCAAGUAGCGUCGUCGCCGCCGACGAGGGGCCCAGCAUCGACAUGUCGAACCCGUGGUGGCUGAUAAUACUCGGUGGACUGGUGUGGCUGGUCAUGGUUGUAAUGAAUGUUGCCAACCUUGUUCUUCUUGGUCUUGGCAAGGCCGGUUAG